AUGUCGAACGUCGAACAGCGGCCAUACGUGCCAGCGAAGAAGAUCAAUACUGACUUUCCGCUCAUUGAUAGUGAUCCACAUUUCAAGCGAGUCAUUGGCUAUGCCCGAACUUCAGACUACGCUGCCGGAGCAGCAACCGCAACCGCAGGCCCAGGAAUCCUCCUCUUGAUGGAGAGAAUCUCGCCCUCACUUGUCGGAAAAGGAGGUUUCGCACCCAUCAUGCGCCUAACCGGAGCCAUCGGCUUGACAGCUGGAUUUCUGAUGACUUAUCAACGCUCAAUACUGCGAUUCUACGGCUUCACAGAGAAUUCCCGCGAGGUAGAAAAGGAUAUGAAGGAAAUGGUAGCCAAGGUCAAGAAGGGGGAGCCGUUGUAUGGCGUGAGCAGCACGACGCCGUAUAUCCAGGGAGUGGCGAGUCGAAACUCGAGGUAUUCGGGGUUGUGGUUGCAUGUUAUGCCGUGGUUCAACUUUGUGAAUCAUAAUCAGCAUGGGGUAGAUACGGCGAAGUAUUAUCAGCAAGCUGAGAGGGAGUUGGAGGCUGAGAAGAGGUGAGAUAUGGGAUAGAGGUAAAGAGUGCUUUGUACAUAUUGGGAAUUAAAUUUGUCGAUUAAGCAUACUUCUUUUCGGUGGUUUGAUUUGGGUAUCAUAUCCUCUAUCGCUAUUGCAGCAAUGCAACCUUCUAUAAAGCUCCCUAUGUCAGCUCGCGCUGCUUAUUCGUCUUCUUGGACUUCUUCCCUGAACUCCUCUUCUAAGCUCCAACCCAUUC